UGGGUGUCUCUGCUGAGGAUGACAACGCUUUAUUGAGAUUUACGGAUGUUUAUUUUAUAUUUAGGUUUUUCAUUUUAAAAAUGAGAUUUGAGGCAGCAUUGUGAUUCCUUUUAGGGGCGGCAGGUUUGUUGUCUACCUCAGCUGUUUCUCCCUCCGGCGGGGCUCUCCGCUCAUCCGACGCAGGGAGGAGAGGGCCGGAGGAGGGGGAGAGGGAGCGAUGGCUGCCGGUGGAGCAGGAUGCGGGGACACGGUGGAGCAAUGCCGGGCCGAGGUGGAGCGUCUGACCCGGGAGCUGGCCGAGGCCAACCGAGAGAAGAUCCGGGCGGCGGAGUGCGGACUGGUGGUCCUGGAAGAGAACCAGAGCCUGAAGCAGCAGUACGCCGAGCUGGAGGCCGAGCAGGAGACGCUGAGGCUGGAGCUGGAGCAGCUGCAGGAGGCGUUUGGUCAGGCCUACUCUACCCAGCGUAGGGUGGCAGAAGAUGGGGAGACCAACGAGGAGACGCUGCUGCAGGAGUCUGCCAGCAAGGAGGCUUACUACAUGGGCCGCCUCCUGGAGCUCCAGUCGGCUCUGACGAAAAGCCGGGCCACCUCCUCUAACGUUCUGGCUGACAACGAACACCUGAGCACACUACUCCAGGAGCUGAGGGAGCAGAGCAAUGACAUGUUGGAGCUUCAGCGCAGCCGGAUGCGAGAGGAGAUCAGGGAGUACAAGUUUAGAGAGGCACGGCUGCUCCAGGACUACACCGAGCUGGAGGAGGAGAACAUUACGCUGCAGAAACUGGUGUCGACACUCAAACAGAAUCAGGUGGAGUAUGAAGGUCUGAAGCAUGAAAUCAAGGUCCUGGAGGAGGAGACGGAGAUCCUAAACAGCCAGUUGCAGGACGCGCUGCGUUUGAAGGACAUGUCAGACGCUCAGCUGGAGGAGUGCCUGGAGUCUCUGAAGAGCGAGCGUGAGCAGAAGAAGCACCUGCGCAGGGAGCUGGUGCACCACCUCAGCAUGUGUGAUGUGGCCUACACAGGAAGUGCCCACCUCACGUUCAGCUCCGCCCCGCCCAGUGGAACCGCCACCCCGACGACUAUGCUCUCCCCAAACGCAGAAGAUCCAACGAGGUGUAAUGGCCACCUCCAGGGUGGGACCACAGCGGGAACAGUAGGGUCGGUGCCCAGAGCUAAUGGAGACUGCCGGGUCUCGGGUUGGAAAUCUGAGGGUGGGGUGACGUCGGACCUCUUCAACGAGAUGAACAUGACAGAGAUUCAGAAGCUCAAGCAGCAGCUGGUGACGGUUGAACGUGAGAAUGUCUCCCUGAUGACCAGUCUGCAGGAGUCCCAGAGUCAGCUUCAACACACCCAGGGGGCCCUGACCGAGCAGCAUGAGAAGUCCCUCCGCCUGGACCAAAGAGUCACUGUCCUCCGCCGCCUCAAUCGCAGGGCCCGCCUACACCAUGAAGCCCCUGCUUGUGCCCCCUCUCAGCUCCACCCUGAGGCCCUGGUGGAGCUAGACAGAGAUGAAGAGGAGGCUGAAGAGGAACGAGGGGCUGAGGAGGAUAGGAGUGAGACACUAAACAAAAGUCAGGUAUUUUCUUACCAGACGCCAGGACUGGAGAUUCUGCAGUGCAAAUACCGUGUGGCUGUGACAGAGGUGGUGGAGCUCAAGGCGGAGGUGAAAUGUCUCCGUGAUCGACUGGCUCAGGGUGUGGAGGCGGCAGGGGAGGAGAAGCCAAGGCGAAACAGUCUGCAGAAGCUGGACAGGCAGGUCAACACGUUGGAGAAGAACUGCCGGGAGGGACGUGAGAAGAUUUCUAGCCUGGAGAUGGAGUUGCAGGCAGCUCAGUCAGCAGCCAGCGAGAGUCGGGGUGCGUUAAACGCAGCUCAGGAUGAGUUGGUGAUUCUCAGUGAGGAGCUCGCCAAGCUCUACCACCACGUCUGUCUGUGCAACAACGAGACGCCCAACCGUAUCGUGCUGGACUACUACAGACAAGGCAGAGGGCUCCGGGGCCUCAGUGCCACUCUUAAAGCCAUGUCUGCUGACAACAGCAAAGUUCUCCUCACACCACGCCUCGCCAGGCGGCUGGCCGCUGUCGCUUCAUCCACCCUGACUCCCGGGGAGUCGCGUAGCCCCUCGCAGUCUCCAUCCAAGGAGCCUUUAUCUAGGGAAGGUGGCGGGGAGGAGAAGGAAAAGGGGGGCGUCCUGGAGCCACCUGAGCAGAGCCUGCCGCCCUGCACAACUCCAACCCGCUCACCUAGCAUCAGUGCCUCUUCAUCAAGUUCCUCAUCAUCCUCGCCUGCCCUGGAGCCAGCUGGUGAGCUGCGCAGGGAGCCCAUGAACAUAUACAACCUCAACGCCAUCAUCAAAGACCAGGUGAAGCACCUGCAGCGGGCAGUAGACACGUCUCUGCAGCUGUCCAGACAGAGAGCUGCAGCCAGAGAGCUGGCGCCUCUGAUGGACAAGGACAAGGAGGUCUGCAUGGAGGAGAUCCUGAAGCUCAAGUCUUUGCUCAGCACCAAGAGAGAGCAGAUCGCCACCCUCAGACUGGUACUCAGGGCCAACAAACAGACGGCUGAAGGGGCUCUGACCAACUUAAAGAGUAAGUAUGAGGCGGAGAAAACCAUGGUGAGGGACACCAUGACGAGGCUGAGGAACGAGCUGAAGGCCUUGAAGGAAGAUGCCGCCACUUUCUCAACUCUGCGCGCCAUGUUUGCCACCAGGUGCGAUGAGUAUGUUACCCAGCUGGAUGACAUGCAGAUGCAGCUGGCUGCGGCGGAGGAUGAGAAGAAGACUUUGAACUCCCUCCUGCGCAUGGCUAUCCAGCAGAAACUCGCCCUCACCCAGCGCCUGGAGGAUUUGGCUUUCGAUCAAGAGCAGACCCACCAAACCCGCGGGGGGCGGCUGCACCGCAUCAAGACCAGCACCCCCAAAGUAAGUCCCUCGGCCUCUUCUUCGGCAUCCAACCUAGACCAAGGCUCCAAUUCCGCUAUGACCCCUGUCAGACCUUUCCUUUCCAACCUUCUUAGCUCUACGUCAAUUCUCCCUGAUGACCCCACUCUGCCCCUUAGUCCAUCGGUGGUCAGUGCGGCACUUGCCUCAGCUCUCACCUCCCCCACAUCACAUUUUCACACUUGCAGUCCGUCAUCACCGGCCGGCGCCUCAUUGGUUAGCCCUCUAGCGCCAGAGAGCCCCCCGUGUCUGGAGGCCCCCUCCUCUCCCUCGCCGCGGACCCCGCCCUCAACCUCUCUGAAGCUGGCUCACUCCCAGUGGACCAUGGGGGUGCGGACAUUUGUGGUUGACUCCCACAGUAUCAGUGUCAACAUCACCCCCAAUCCGUCCCAUAGUUCGGGCCCCUCCAGACACAUCACCCCAGACUCUUUUAGCUCUUCCCCAUCCACCACAACAACCAGGUCCACCCAACCAGGAUCGGGCCCCUCUUCCCCCUACCGCUCGCCUAUUUUGGGGCUCAGGCGCUCCACAUGGAGCCCCUCACCCCGAACUCGGCCGUUGUCCAGCCUGACGCGCUCUUCUGUCCUCUACGCUCCUUCCUCACCCUCCCCUUACUCCUCCUCUCACUCCCCAUCUCCCAGCUAUUCCUCUGCCUACUACGGCUCUUCUUCUUCUGUUUUCACCCCCUCUCGCUCCUACCUCGCCUCUGGCACCACCAACUCCUACGGCCACUCCACCAGCUACACGCCCCUCUACCCAAGACACUACAGUUCUUACCGGCCCCGGCACUAACCCCUUAAUAAAUCCUUUGAGCCUAUUGAAGGCUUCUCGACUAGACUUCUUAUUGACAUUAAAAAACUGCAACUCCCAUCAUCCUUCUCUUUCUGUCACCUGAGAGAAUGGGCGCUCACAGAGAGGAGGACAAAGUGGUUUCCUGUUUCCCCGUUCCUUUUUUCCUGUGUCUAAGCUUUGGCCAAUGGGUUCUGAAUGUUCAGUGACUUUGCUCAGGGAUUUGACAAAUGGAGCACAAGAGGCCCCACCUUCCUUCUAUUACGAGACUGCUGAUUGGUCCACAGGAGGACUUUAAUAGAGACUUUUUAUAAUGAGAGUUUUUAGGCAUCAAGUUCUUCAGAUUGAAGUGACACAUGCAUGAUUUAAGCGCAGAGACAUUCAGACACUGACUGGAGGACCCUUUCAUAAGUUUGAAUGAAGGCCAUGACACAUUGAAUAGCGUCCUCUAUAUUCAAUAUAAUAUCCACCGAGUCUGUAUACACAAACACUGUAAACCACAUGUCUUUUAAGCAAGCAUUCUCCUUGGAUGCCCAACGAUUCAGUAUGAUUCAAACAAAUGAAGUUGCAAGUGAACGCCACAAAUCAAAGGAAAAAGCGUUUACACCAGUUACAAAUGGCCACACUUAAAGGUCUGCUGUCGUUUUUAGAGUUAGAAAACGUAUCGUACGCAGCACCCCUAAAAGCCAACGAUGGAUUGUGAAGGGUCGUUACUUGAGAAGCUGUUAGUCCCUGCAACAAGAAAUGUGUUUGAAGCAUAAUGACUCCUUGAGUGUUCCCAGCUUUGACCUCACUUUAUAAUCUCUCUUUCACAAAAACACAUAUACACACUUGUAUGAUGACAGUUGUGGACAAGGCUUGAUGGACUAGUCAUUGGUACAUGUUUGUCAUGGUGGGCAUUGCUUUCUAAGUGCACCUCAAUGAGUAUUCUUUAUUUCUUGUCCAUCUCUAGCACCACCAAGUGGUUUGUUCUUAUAUAGCCAUGUACAUGUGCAUACAUAUGCAUGUUCACGUUUGGAUGCUCUUUAACUGUAGGCUUCCUCCCCCUUCCAAAUAAAAAACCAACGGAUAGAGGUGCAGGCUGUAUGGAAGGUCAUGGCAGGGAAGAAGUUACAAGAUGGAGGAAGGAGAGCACUCAAACAUGGCAUAAGACCAGUCAGCCUAAUAUCUUCUCAUGGUACAGAAAAACAUUUUGACUUGGAGUUAGGUAUGGGAAGUUUCUCAAGAAGCUGAUGUUCUCUUCACCUCGUUUUUUUUGGUUUAACUUGCCUUAAGUUUAUGACUAAUUAAAAGGUACUUCUAAUGUAACUCUUUCCAAAAACAUCACACUAAAGAGGACAUUCUCCAACAUUGCACUAGGGCUGCUCGAUUAUGGCAAAAAUCAUAAUCUCGAUUAUUUGGGUCAAUAAUUGAUAUCACGAUU